ACGCGCAGCUGAACACGCACGCGCAGUUAUUCCUUGUGGUGCUCGGGCUCCACAUUGGCGGAAGCUGGUGAGGAGGAAACCAUAGACAGACAUAGAGAGAUGGAGACGGCGGCGAGAGAAGAGCUAGAUCUGGAAGUAAUGAAGCCUUUAAUAGGAGAUCAGAAUUCAGACACUGAUGACGAGGAGGAGAAUGAAUUGCUGCCUCCUGAGAAGAAAUACCAACUUGAUAAUCAGGAGAGCAUUACGUUUCUACAGACGCUUACUCAUCUUCUCAAAGGAAACAUUGGAACUGGACUUCUGGGCCUUCCACUUGCAAUAAAAAAUGCAGGGCUUGUGCUUGGGCCAAUCAGUGUUGUGUUCCUUGGAAUUGUGUCCAUUCACUGCAUGCACAUUUUGGUGCGCUGCAGCCAGUAUCUAUCCCAAAGAUUGAAAAAGGCUUCCUUAGGGUAUAGCGACACAGUUAGCCAUGCGAUGGAAGUGUGUCCCUUUAACUCAUUACAGAAACGAGCAUCUUGGGGAAGAUAUAUUGUGGACUUUUUCCUUGUGAUUACACAGUUGGGCUUCUGCAGUGUUUACAUUGUGUUCUUAGCAGAAAAUGUGAAACAAGUUCAUGAAGGGAUUGUUGAAAAUAAAUCUGCUGGUGUGAAUGCUACUGGGAUCAGUGGCCCCUCAGACAAGAGAACUAUUGAUCUACGAAUGUAUAUGUUGUGCUUCCUCCCAUUUAUUAUCCUCUUGGUCUUCAUCCGUGACCUUAAGCAUAUGUCUGUGCUCUCGUUCCUGGCAAACUUAUGCAUGGCCAUCAGUCUUCUAAUUAUUUAUCAAUAUGUUGUUCAGGGUUUGUCCAGUCCCCAAAAACUGCCUGCAGUGGCUGAUUGGAAGAGGUACCCGCUUUUCUUUGGCACUGCUGUCUUUGCAUUUGAAGGAAUAGGAGUGGUGCUUCCCCUCCAGAACAGAAUGAAAGAAACCGAUCGCUUCCCAUUGGCGCUCAACAUUGGCAUGGGAAUUGUGAUGACCUUGUACGUCUCGUUGGCCACCCUUGGGUAUAUGCGCUUUGGGGAUGAAAUCAAAGGCAGCAUCACUCUGAACCUGCCACAAGAUAGAUGGCUGUACCAUAUGGUCAAGAUUCUCUAUUCCUUCGGGAUUUUUGUCACUUAUUCGAUUCAAUUCUACGUCCCGGCUGAGAUAAUCAUUCCAGUUGUUGUCGCUAGAGUGCAGCAGAAGCUGAAACUGCUCUGUGAGCUGGUGCUGAGGGCGCUCUUGGUCUGCUCAACCUGUGUUCUGGCGGUUUCCAUUCCUCGCCUGGACAUCGUGAUCUCGCUCGUUGGAGCCAUAAGCAGCAGCACAUUAGCCUUGAUCUUGCCGCCUCUGGUCGAAAUCCUCACUUUUUACAAGGAGAAGCAAAGUCUAUGGAUGAUACUAAAAGAUGUUUCUGUAGCCUCCCUGGGAGUGAUCGGCUUUGUUACAGGCACAUAUGUAGCUGUUAAAGAGAUUAUUUGCCCAGCUUCUUUGGUGUCCGUUAAUGCUACAGAGGCUUCAUCUGGCUGUUUCAACGCUUCACAUUUGGCCAGGGGUGCCAAUUAAUGCUAGAAGAUUGUAACACUCUGGAGUUCUUAAUUAUGGAUUUUAAAAAAUUUUUGGAGAACCAAAGAUAACUGAUUCCAAAUGUGAAGGUUUGAGAUUCACUCAGUAUGUUGAGUGAAUAUCCGAAAACCUAAAACGACUCCUGUCACACCUUCAAGUUGUUCAGACCAUUUUCCAUUUGACCCGUAAGCACUUCAUCGAGCGAGGAACGCUCUUUCACAGCAUCAUGGCCUUCUGUGUAUUUAUUUGCAAAUGGGACCAGAGAGCAAAAACGCUAUUCGGACAUCAUGAUUUGGCCAACGCAAACGGUGGUGGCCGUCUCCCAUUGACUUUCAUUGUUCAUGUAUUGUGUGGCCGCUAUGUGUCUGUCAAGACCCUCUCCGUUGCAAGCCACCAGAAGUUAACAAGGCUUAUGAAAAAAUACAGAUGUACUUUUUUAAUGCAAAUUGUUACGUUUGUUACAAGGCUUGGCCACGAGCAGGUCCCAAUAGGUUCUGUUUCAGCAGUGGCCGGGUUCUGAGCCAGCUCCUCCACUGCAGUCCCCCCCAUAUGGGUAGUGGUCCACAAAAUGAAGCAUACUGACAUCAUCCAUAGCAGAGGUUAAAGAGAGACUGAAUGUGACAAAAUGGCCUUAGAUUGCAGUGAUGAAGAUGCGAAUCAUGUUUACAUGACACAAAACAACAAAAAUACCCUCUGCUAUGAUGAGAAUUUGCACAUGCAGUGUCUGCUUAACUCUUUUUAGUGGAGCAGAACCUUGACCAUGAAUGGCCACAUAGGCUUGUUUAAGCUAUUUUUUUAUUCUCCAGCAAACUUAAUUGCAAUUUUGCAAAUUGUAUUUUUCUAUUUAUUCAUAACUCUUUAGAAUGAUUCUAUAUUUUGUACUUCCGCAUUGUAUAUCGCUUCAAGAGAUAUUUCUGCAGAAUUCAACUUUAGAGGAUUCAUUAGGUUUUCAUUUACCUUUUUUGUUUUUAGGGAACAAACUUUGGUAGCAUUUAGAUGCGUUGGCCGUAACUGGAAGAGCCCAGUGCUUCGAACCCUGUUGAAACCAAUUGUUAAAGGGCUGUUAACUUGGGGCUGUGCUCAUUUCCCCCCAAGAUCUUACUUUUUGUAAUCUUAAAGAGUGUAACUAACUUGUGUGCUCGAUCUGUGUCGUUCUGCUUCCAUGGCAGGUUCUCUUAUGCAAGCUCUGUUUAAAUGAAGGUGUGCAGCUUCCUGUUCAUUUCAGUGAAGCUUGCACAGCAGAACAGCUGUGCCGUGGGGUCUGCAUUACAGGCCUUUUUACUUUCCUUUGUGUCUUCAGCAGCAACUGAGAUGGAAUACCAUAGUUCAAAAGAUACUAACAGCCAAUUCACUCCUGAACGCAGCUCAGGUCCACAUCCCCCUCUUGGGAUCUGUGCCACCUUCCCCCACCAUAGGCCUGACUCAUGUGAUCCUUUUCCCUCCUAAAACUUGGGGGGCAGGGGAAGAGUGCAAAUCGUGUGUGUGUGUAUGAAUGGAAUACUCACACUACAUGCGAUGAGUGCAGCUGAUACGCUGCUUCACCUCCUGGCCAGGAUCCUUGGCUUCGUGUGUGUGUGCACGCUGACUCCCAGGUUUUCUUAACUGCAUAUAAAAUUGAAGUUGUGCUCACUCUGCACUUUUAAUGGAAUGAGCAGAGCUUG